AUGUUAGAUGUCAUAUGUCAUGUUUGUGUUUUGUUUUUAAUGUUUUUAUCGCAGUGUCUGCUGCAGGUUCUCUUUUAUUGAAGGGGAACAUUUCUUGGUGAAUUUGUGUGAAUUAGUGAUAAUAUACGUUCAUGAAGAUCACACCACUGGUCACAGAAAAAUUGAUCACUAAUAGCUUUUUUCUAUAAAUUGUUUUGUGUGGAUAUAGUUUUUUGGUUAAGAGUUGUUAAAGAGCCACUUCCACCUUCAUUGAUUAGGAUUGUUUGGGAAGUCUAGCUUCACAGUCUAGCUUUAAUUUUGUUUUUAUCCUUAAUUAUGUCAGGAAGCGGAUCAGGAGAUGAUCAAAGCGAGGAUGGAGAAUUACGCCAAAGCCCUGGCGAAACGUCUAAAAAUAAAAUAGAAGGAACGGAAUACAAAAGCGACGAUGAAGAUAUAGGAGAUAUGGAUGCGUUGGAUAUAAAACCGCCUCAAGCUAAAAUUUUAGAUCAUAAAACAAAGAAAAGAGAACAUGAAAGAUCACGUAGAAAGUCAGAUAAAAAUGAAAAGGGCAGAGAAGUUCGACAUUCUCAUAGAGAUAAACAUCACAGAGAUAAAACAAAAUCUGAGAAACUUAAAGAUGUUUAUCAAAGAGAAAAGUACUAUAGGGAAAAACAGCAAAUGUUUGAGCAGAUAAGUUAUUCUGAACAUCACUAUGUAAAUGAAAGAGGUUUUCGUGUGAGAAAAAGUGAGGAAACUCGUUCCAGACAUGACAAAAAGCAUGGGGAGAGGAAGCCAAAAGAGGAUAGAAGAAGUGAUACUAGAGAUUUACAUGAAAGACACGUGAGGUACGAGGAAGAAAAGAGAGACAGAGAUAGCAAAGCUUUGGCAGACUUGAGAGAAAGACUGACAUCAGAGUUAGGGUUGAUUGAGAAAAGGAGAGGUGAAGAUGGUUAUAAAUCUGAAAAAGAUAGUAGAAGACAUAGAAAGUAUAGACAUAGAGUUGAAAGUCAUGAAGAUCCACUUCAAGGGGAAUCUGGUAGUUAUGUUAAGGAAAUACUAAAUAUCACUACGGAGGAAAGGAAAUAUAAAAAAGAAAGAGAUCCUGAGAAGGCUUUAACAGAAGAGGAGAAACUUGAACAAGAGCAUAGAAAAGAAAAACUUUUAGAAGCUGAGCGAGAAAUGGCCCGUUUAAAAGAACAGUCAAAAGUCGAACGCGUUCGUAGACAUUUGGAAAGAGUAGCCAAACGUAAACAACAAGAAGAAGAUAAUUACUCAAAAAGACUAAAAGUUGAGGAGUCUGUUCAAAUUGUCACUGUGUCUGAUACUUCUGAUCAAGAAAACGAAUCAGAUAAUAGUUUAUCAGACAAAGAAGAUAUGGAGAGUGGGGAAAGUAGAAGUCCAAGUCGUAGCAGAAGCCAUAGCAAGUCUAGAAGUCGAAGUCCAAGCAAAAGUUCUUCAGGAGAGGAGAGUGCUUAUUCAGAGAAUAGAUCUAGGACAAAAUCAAGAAGUCGGAGUCCUAGUAGUCAAAGAAGUCAAAGUUCAGACAGAUCAAAGUCGCGAUCUCCGUCUGAACAUCGGGAAGUAGAAGAAGAGAUGUUAGAAAAUAAAGAGGACAAAGAAGAAAAGAAGGUAGAGAAUAAAAACGAGAAAGAUGAAAAGGCAGCGGUAACUGUUAAUAAAAUAAAUGAAGAUUUGCCACCGUACUUUCCUGCAGUCCAGGGUUGUAGGUCAGUAGAGGAAUUUAAAUGUCUUAACAAAAUAGAAGAAGGGACGUAUGGGGUGGUGUAUAGAGCAAAGGAUAAAAGAACUGAUGAGAUUGUGGCAUUGAAAAGAUUGAAAAUGGAAAAAGAGAAAGAGGGAUUUCCUAUAACUUCUUUAAGAGAAAUUAAUACUUUAUUAAAAGGUCAGCAUGCCAAUAUUGUCACUGUGAGGGAGAUAGUGGUUGGGAGUAAUAUGGAUAAAAUUUUUAUAGUCAUGGAUUAUGUUGAGCAUGAUUUAAAAUCCCUAAUGGAGACUAUGCGCCAUAAAAAACAAACAUUUAUGCCUGGUGAAAUAAAGUGUCUGUUAAAACAGUUACUACAAGCCGUAGCCCAUUUGCAUGACAAUUGGAUUUUGCACAGAGAUCUAAAAACGUCAAAUUUGUUGUUGUCUCAUAAAGGAAUACUGAAGGUUGGAGAUUUUGGUUUAGCCAGAGAAUAUGGGUCCCCUUUAAAAGCUUACACUCCUGUUGUAGUAACACAAUGGUAUAGAGCUCCAGAACUACUUUUAUGUACAAAAGAGUAUUCCACGCCAAUAGACAUGUGGUCAGUUGGAUGCAUUUUCGCAGAGCUACUCUUGAUGAACCCAGUUUUUCCAGGAAAAUCAGAUGUGGACCAAUUGAAUAGAAUUUUUAAGGAUUUGGGGACUCCCAGUGAGAGCAUAUGGCCCGGAUUUAACGAAUUACCCGCUGUUAAAAAAAUGAAAUUUAACGAAUAUCCAGUAUCUAAUCUUCGUGGAAAAUUCAACACGUUAAGCGAAGUUGGCUUAGGAUUGCUCAUUAAAUUCUUCACAUACGAUCCUGUUCAAAGGAUUACGGCGGAGGACGCAUUAAAACAAGCAUAUUUUACAGAACCGCCUUUACCGAUAGAUCCAGCUAUGUUUCCUACGUGGCCUGCAAAGAGCGAACUGGGUCAAAAACGAGCACUAGCCGCUAGUCCGAAGCCACCUUCAGGUGGCAGGGAGUAUAAAAAAUUAGGUGGAGAAGAUGAUGAUGGCUAUGGAUUUCGAUAUUACAGCGACGUAAGACGAGGAGGAGCAGGAUUCAGUUUAAAAUUCUGACAGAAGGCCCACAAUGUUACUUCAGAGUAAAUGUACAUAGUAUUUCAGUCUUUUUUUUUUCUUCUUAUAUUAAAUAAAUAUCUUAAAUCUAGUUUUACUGAGUCUCCAAUUGUAAUUUAUGCUCAUAAAACCAUAGAUUUGAAAUUUAAUUACUUUAAGCACAUAGCAAAGAAUAAAAGGGCUUUAAUUAAA